AUGGUUAAGCGUUUGGCUUCUUCCCCUUUUGCUGCUUCAUCACAGGCGUCUGAUAACUCUACUUGGGGCUUUGGACAGUCAUAUUCUGUUCCUGCACUUGACAGUUCGGCUUCACCUUUUGGUGUCCUUUCGGAAGCACAACACAACCAUCACAGCCCUGCAUUCACUUUUCCUUCAUCUUCACCUUUUGGUGCCUCAAGCAGUCCUGCUUUUGGUUCCACAAACAUACAUGGCUUUGGUGCCUCAAGCAGUCCUGCUCUUGGUUCCACAAACAUGCAUGGCUUUGGUGCCCCUGCAUUCACUUUCGCUUCAUCUUCACCUUUUGGUGCCUCAAGCAGUCCUGCUCUUGGUUUCACAAACAUACAUGGCUUUGGUGCCUCAAGCAGUCCUGCUCUUGGUUUCACAAACAUACAUGGCUUUGGUGCAUCAAGCAGUCCUGCUCUUGGUUCCACAAACUUACGUGGCUUUGGUGCGUCGAUCACUCCUUCUUUUGGCUCCUUCAACACACCUGCCUUUGGUUCCUCAAGCACUCCUUUAUUUGGCAACGUCAAUGCCUAUGUGGAGUUGCUUUUGCUGCAUCAGAUCCUGCCAUGGGGCAUCAAGUACCGUGUUUUGUACUUUUGUCUCCUCCUCCCUUGCGUUUCGACAGCCUGCUAUAUCAUUCAGUAG